AUGGACCAGCUCUAUCGCCGCUACCCAGACCAAGUCCAGGGCAUUCUCCCGCGAGGCGUCCUGUUCUGGUCCCAGGUCCUGCCCGUCUUUGCGCACUACCAGUGGACCAAGCUCUCGUUCGCCUGGCUCGAUCCCAAUGCCCCCGAGGAUGUGCGCGAGGCAAAGUACCAGACACUCCACGAGCUCUACGCACCCCGGAUCAAAACCCUACUGAGACGCCUCGGUGGUAUCUAUGUCAAGUUUGGCCAGGAGGUCGCCAUGGCUGGCGAGGUCCUGCCCAAGACGUAUAUGACCCAGAUGAUGGAGCUCCUCGACCGAAACGAGGGCAUUUCCAGCCUCGAGGCCGUUGCCAUGAUCGAGUCGGCAUUGGGCAAGAAGCUUUCCGAGGUCUUUUCGUCCUUUGACGAGACGCCGCUUGGGGCUGCUUCCAUUGGCCAAGCGCAUCGGGCCACCCUCAAGGACGGACGCGAAGUCGUCGUCAAGAUCAAGUAUCCCGACGUCGAGCACAACUUUAGCAAGGACAUGCGCAACAUUCGCCAGGCUCUCAGGCUCAUCAAUCCCGAGUCCGAUUCCUACAUGAGCGAGAUCGAGGAUCAAAUCGGCCUUGAGUUUGAUCUGGAGCGCGAGGCCCGCACCUUGCAAACCGUGCAUGACAACCUCGCUCCGCACUUCAAGAAUGUGGUGGUUCCCCUGCCCGUUGCCGAGCACUGCACACGGGAUGUGCUGGUGAUGGACUAUGUGCCGGGCCAGAAGCUCGUCGACCGCAUCAACGAGGAGUUUGAAAGGACUGCCUCGCGUAUGGGCUUCACCCUAGACGAAGUUGUCCAGCGGCAUGGGAGCUUCACCUUUGGCGAACAGGUCCAGAUGACUCUCCGACUGGCCGUAUGGGAACUCUGGGACCGGUUCGCAUCCGUCCUCUCAGCCGUCUAUGUCCGCAUCACGGGCCAGCCCCUGGCUCUGGCCACGCCUCCACAACAGGCCAUCCCCAAGACCGCCAUCUUCAAGACCCUUCUGGCCGUCCUGGGCCAUCAGAUCUUUGUCGAUGGCUUCUUCCACGGCGACCCUCAUCCUGGUAACCUGAUCCUGCUGCCCGAUGGCAGGAUUGGCCUCAUCGAUUUCGGCCAGGCCAAAGCACUGACGUCCCGAGACGUUGAGUUUUGCGCCCAGCUCUACGAGCUGCUCUAUCAGUCAGCCUCCCCUGAGGAGGUCGCCCGCCUGGCUCGCAACGAGGGCUUCCUCACCCAAAAGAACGACGAAUACGCCCUCUACAAGUACAUGCAGAUCUUCUUUGAUCGUGACGAUAAAGAAGUCCGCGAUGGCAUGGAAAGUAUGGAGUUUUACACAUAUCUGGGCGAGCGGGACCAGCUCAAAGUCAUGCCCAACCAGUACAGCAUCCUGCUGCGAACCAUUGGCAUCGUUCGCGGCCUCGGCUACAUGCUCGGAUUCACCGAAACGUCCUUUUCAAAGGAGUGGCACACUUAUGCCGCCAAUGUCGUCGCCAAAGCAGCGCACUAA